AUGUCACCAUAUCGCAUGCAGACCCAAUUUUCUCGGAGUGUCACGGAUCAACCAGAGCAAAACAAGACGUCUGAGUCGAAGAUGCCUUACCGCCAUUUCUCUUCUGAUUCUACCAAGCAAGAUGAUAAGCUGAAUAGGCCAGAGCAGACCUCACCAUUCAAAAUGCCGACAAUGUUCUCGACCGAGCAAGACUCUACGAGCACUCCUAAGGUGGUUGAGCGGUCGCAGCAGAGAGCACAGGCUCAACAAGAGCUGCAGCAUAUGGAAGCAUUAGGCGCCGGCCAGGAAGAUCCAUACGCCCAAGAUGCCUUGGGUAUCGGCAUGCUUCUUCAAGCCGCUAAGGUGAUAGAUGAUAGAGAGCGAGCACAGGAACUGCAAACCGGAGAUCUCACACAGCUGGAUGGGUCAUCCGACUCUGAUGUGCACAAUGCACCCUCCGAACAACCCGAUGACAACGACUCAAGAUUCAAAGAUGCCUCAGAACUCGACUGGCUUAGCAGUACGCGUCGCACCCCACGAGCUGACAUGCUAAUCGCCUCCCCUUCUAUUCGUGGCCGACCUGCAACCUCCAACCUUCAUUCACCCAACGAGCCCCACAGGCACAAACGUCGCCGGAGCGAACGUCUAACAUCCGCCUCCUCUCCAAUGGACUUGAACCCUCAAUCGCCAUCACCUUUUCCUGAGCGAGCCUCCAAACGAGCCAGAAGUGAACAGCCUACUUCCACUUCUAGAUCCAGAUCCAAGUCCACUCACAUGUCCACCACCACCGCCACCGCAAAACCCAUCACAGCAGAGUCCAGUACCGCUCCAGACCCUUCCGCCAAUAGCACCACUCACCAAGAUAUGAUCAUACGCGAGCGCAUCAAAGCCAUAUAUGACAAAGCCACCGCAAUGUCAAAAGGUACAUGGAAGCCCAAUUUCCCUCCAUUGGUGAGGGAGUAUAUCGAAGAACAGAGGCUUAGGAAGGAGAAGACCAUGCUGUGGUUGGAGCGGCAGGAACAGGGGCAGCCGGACGAGGUCGCUGGUGAAGAAGAGGAAGAGGAAGGUGAAGAGGACGAGGAUGAGGAGCCAGAGGACGAGGGAGAUAGAGAUGAAGAGUACGACGAGGGCGUCGAAGGCGGAUAUUGGAUCGAGAGUUCUGGAAGUGAGAGUCAAGAGUCCCAUGCUCCAGGUCCGCGUGAAAGCGGCAAGGGCAAGGAGACCAAGCACGCGCAGCUGAAGAUCCAGGACAGUCAAUCUGGCUCCGAUCACGAUCACGACCUCGAUGCUCCGAUCAACGUCGGCGUCAAUGACAACAAGAAUAACACCGCCAAAAACAACAACAGCAACACUAAAUCCGAAGGCCAACACCUCAGUUCCGAUCCCAUCAUCCCUCCAGGUCCUGCCCGCCCCCAGCACGCUGCAGACGAAGCCAAGCAGGAAGUCGCUCACGACGACACAGAGGCAAAUGGAAAUGACGAUGCCGCCAGUGAUUGCGCAGGCGAUACCAUCAACGUGCACUCCCAGUCCAGCCUGCGCGGGCGCGGACGCGGUCGCGGUCGACGGCUUGUACGGGGCCAUCGGAAAUCUGGGAGCGAUGAGGUGUGA